UGGGCACAGGUGGGUGGCACUGGUGGGCACAGGUGGGUGGCACUACUGGGCAUGGGUAGGUGGCACUUCUGGGCACAGGUGGUAACACUGCUGGGUGGCACAGGUGGGCGCAUUGCUGGGCACAGGUGGGUGGCACUGCUGGGCACAGGUGGGUGGCACUGCUGGGCACAGGUGGGCGGAACUUGUAUGUGGCACUGCUGGGCACCGAUCAUCAGGGCACUGGUGAUCAGUGACCCUGAUGAUCGGUGCCAAUCCCCGCUCUGACAACUGCCGGUUUUCGGCAGUACUUUCCUCACGAUCUGACAGCGUGAGGAAAGUGCAGCCGAGAACCGGCAUUUGCAU